ACAGCUGUUUUUCACAUAUUUUUCUUUUGUUCAUCCAAACGACUUUUAUUGGACUUGAAGAGUUUUUGUUAUCCUGGAUUAAACAAACAUCGAUUAAAAAUGGACAAUUCUAUGGCACCGCUACAGGAGUUGCUCACUGGCAUGGUAGUGCCGACACAGCGUGCCAACAUGAACAUUAAUCCCGAACACAUCACCAUGCUGACCGGAAGUAAAAGCAAAAAACAGCUCAGCCGGAAGCGUGUCAAAGGAAAGAGCUCCACGCUUACGCGCCGCGAAUACGCCAGCCUGGGGCUACACACUUUGCCAACACGACAAAUGCUGUAUGAAGAAGCUUUACCGUUACAUAGACUUUGGAAAGGUUACAUGCGUGAACACUUGGGACUACGUGAGGGUGACAAGGUUCCAGCCGUGCACGAGCCAGGUUACGAUGCAUUCAGUAAAUUGUUGGUAAAAACAGAUCUGCAUGGCGCUAUAUUGCGUGUGGUAGAAUCGAAGUGCGCAACACUUGUGGGGUUGACGGGGAUUGUAGUCUUGGAUACGAAAAAUAUGCUAAAGCUCUUGGGCAAGGACCACCGUAUACGAUCGGUGCCGAAGACUGAAUGCGUUUUUGGUAUGCAUUUUGGGAAUAUGGAAUUUACCAUUUUUGGCAAGCAUCUAGCAUUGCGACCAGCGGAGCGAAGUGUGAAGAAGAUCAAAAAUUUCAUUGAACCUUUUGAGUUGGAAUAAAAGUAAAACCAAAUAUCUAGUAUUUAAGAAAUUAGCAAAUAUGAUAUGAAGUUUAAGUAGCAAUAUAAAAACUUACAGAAAUUGGACGUUGAAAAAUAUUUACUAAAAUAACCCUGGUCCGAAAUUCAUCAAAGCAAAACAUCAGCCUCUUUGAAUUGCAAACUAUAAUUGAGGGAAAUACUCAAUUUGCACAACGUAAGUGCCAAAUCGGCAUUUAAACGCGGUUGGGUUA